AUGUAUGCACUUCUAUCUAUCUAUCUAUCUAUCUAUCUAUCUAUCUAUCUAUGUUUGUAUGUAUUUAUCUAUCUAAUUCUCUUCAUAUCUAUUUCUCUCUCUCUCUCUAAUUCUCGUUAUAUUUUUCUAUCUCUCUAUCUAUGUAAUUCUCUUCAUCUCUAUCUAUAUUUCUAUGUAUGUAUGUAUCUAUAUAUGUAUCUAAUUAUCUUCAUAUGUAUCAAUCUCUUUACGUAUCUAUCUAUCUAUCUAUCUAUCUAUCUAUCUAUCUAUCUAUCUAUCUAUCUAAUUCUCUUCCCCCCUCUCUCUCUCUAUAUAUAUUUAUCUAAAAAUAUGUGUGUAUCUAUCUAUUUAUUUAUCUAUUUAUAUAUCUAUCUAUCAAAGGCUAUGUAUCUAUCUAUCUGUCUGUUCAUAUCGAUCUAUCUAUUUCAUUUACCUAUCAGUGUGUCCAUAUCUAUCUAUCUUAGUCGGUUCAUUAUCUAUCUAUCUAUCUAUCUAUCUAUCUAUCUAUCUAUCUAUCUAUCUAUCUAUCUUAGUUGGUUCAUAUCUAUCUAUCUAUCUAUCUAUCUAUCUAUCUAUCUUAUUCGUUUCAUAUCUAUCUAUCUAUGUAUCCAUCUUAGUCUGUUCAGAUCUAUCUAUCUAUCUAUCUAUCUAUCUAUCUAUCUAUCUAUCUAUCUAUCUUUGUGCAUAUUACCAUUACAUCUAUCUAUCUAUCUAUCUAUCUAUCUAUCUAUCUAUCUAAGUCUGUUCAUAUCUAUCUAUCUAUCUAUCUAUCUAUCUCUCUAUCUAUCUAUCUAUCUAAGUCUGUUCAUAUCUAUCUAUCUAUCUAUCUCUCUAUCUAAGUCUGUUCAUAUCUAUCUAUCUAUCUAUCUAUCUAUCUAUCUAUCUAAGUCUGUUCAUAUCUAUCUAUCUAUCUAUCUAUCUAUCUCAUCUGUUUAUAUCUAUCUAUCUAUCUAUCUAUCUAUCUAUCUAUCUAAGUCUGUUUAUAUCUAUUUAUCUGUAUAUCUCUCUAAUUGGGUCUAUUCAUAUCUAUCUCUAUCUCAGCCUGUUUCUUUCAAUUUAUAUCUCUCUCUCUCAGUCAAUUUAUAUCUAUCUAUCUAUCUAUCUAAUUGGGUCUGUUCAUAUCUAUCUAUCUAUCUAUCUAUCUAUCUAUCUAUCUAUCUAUCUAUCUAUCUAUCCUUUGAGUGA